UCAAUGGGACCAGCUGUUAAUGUUAAGAGAACAAACUCUCACCGUGGUCUGAGAGAGAGAGAGAGAGAGAGAGAGAGAGAGAGAGAGAGAAGAGUUGAGUUUUAGAGAGAGAGUUUGAGUUUUAGAGAGAGAGAGAGAGUGGUGCUCUCAUGUUUUGUUAGCUACAACAAGUUUGUAACCUGUUUCUUUGUUUGCAUUUGUUAGAAGGUGAAAAAGGGACAACAAUAUCAGCAACAAAACACAAAGCUCUUUGUUAUCUCUCUCUGGUGUCAGAUUUAACUCUUGAAUCUCUCAAUUUUGGCUAUCUUGAUCUGUUUGGUCUCAUAAAGGAGCUAUCUUUUCUUUAAAGCUCUAAUCUUUCUAUGAAUCUCUGAUGCAAAAGAUGGAGCAUCAUCGGUCAUCAAAUGGUCCAAGAGGGUUUAGAGUUCAAGCUCCACUAGUUGAUUCCGCAUCAUGUUAUUGCAAAGUAGAUUCUGGUUUAAAAACAGUUGCUGAGGCAAGGAAGUUUGUUCCAGGAUCAAAACUUUGUAUCCAGCCUGAUAUCAAUCCUAAUGCACACAAGAGCAAGACCUCACGCAGAGAGAGGACCCGAGUCCAACCACCACUUCUUCCUGGUCUACCUGAUGAUCUGGCCAUUGCAUGUCUGAUUCGAGUUCCUCGAGCUGAACAUCGAAAGCUCCGUCUAGUUUGUAAGAGAUGGUACCGCCUCCUCGCUGGGAACUACUUUUAUUCUCUUAGGAAAAGUCUUGGAAUGGCAGAGGAGUGGGUUUAUGUCAUCAAGAGAGAUCGUGAUGGAAAGAUAUCGUGGAAUGCUUUUGAUCCUGUCUAUCAGAUCUGGCAACCACUUCCACCAGUUCCUCGUGAAUAUUCUGGGGCCCUUGGUUUUGGUUGUGCUGUUCUAAGUGGUUGCCACCUAUACUUGUUUGGAGGAAAGGAUCCACUAAGGGGGUCUAUGAGACUAGUCAUUUUCUAUAGUGUCCGGACAAAUAAAUGGCAUAGGGCACCAGAUAUGCUUCGUAAGCGUCAUUUCUUUGGUUCUUGCGUCAUAAAUAACUGCCUGUAUGUGGCUGGUGGAGAGUGUGAAGGAAUCCAAAGGACUCUCCGCUCAGCCGAGGUUUAUGACCCUAACAAGAACCGGUGGAGCUUUAUUUCAGAUAUGAGCACGGCUAUGGUGCCUUUCAUAGGUGUGGUUUAUGAUGGGAAGUGGUUUCUAAAAGGUCUUGGGUCUCAUCGUGAGGUGAUGAGUGAAGCCUACGAUCCAGAAACUAGUACCUGGACCCCAAUCAGUGAUGGAAUGGUUGCUGGUUGGCGCAAUCCUAGCAUCAGUUUAGAUGGGCAUCUCUAUGCCCUGGAUUGCCGGGAUGGCUGCAAGCUUAGGGUUUAUGAUGAAGCCUCAGAUACAUGGAACAAAUUUAUAGAUAGCAAGCUCCAUCAAGGGAGUUCUCAUGCUCUGGAGGCAGCUGCUCUUGUUCCUCUCAAUGGGAAGCUUUGCAUUGUGCGGAACAACAUGAGUGUUAGCCUGGUUGAUGUUUCCAGUCCUGACAAACGUGUAGAGAGCAACCCUCACCUUUGGGAGAAUGUAGCCGGGAGAGGUCAUCUCAGGACUCUUGUUACAAAUAUAUUGUCAAGUAUAGCUGGCCGAGGUUUGAAAAGUCACAUUGUGCACUGUCAGGUGCUUCAAGCAUGAGAGCCAGAUGCAUUUUUGCUAUUGCUCGUUGUAGACUAUCAGCAUUUCCUUCAAUUUAUCAUGAUAGAUAAUCACAAUCGCAGUUCAUUGAUCGUUAGGACCUGCUCUUCCUACACCAGAAAGCUGCCUAUUCUCUGUUCAUGUUCUGUUAUUUAUACUUCUGCCAAAGUUGAAUCAACAGUAAUCUGUCUUGGGUUUGGUUAUGAUGUUCUCACAACAUAUUGUGAGAUUUGGAAGUGAAAGUUGACGAGCUUAAAAUAUCCAACGACAUAUUCACAUCUAAGAUUGAUACAGGAAGCAGUGGUGCUUUUUGUGAUGUACGAAGCCAACAACUUCUUAGUAAGAUCAUUCACUGUUGGCUUCAGUGAUAUAUGAGUCCAUUUCCUUGCAUUUAUGAAGAGAAAGCAGAUACUUGUAAAUCUAAGUCAUUCUCUAUGGCCAAGUCCCUUUUGUGGUGGGAUGUUUCAUUGUAGCAUGUAAUCUUUAGUAUGCUUUGAUAGUGUACAUGGGGUUAUUUGGAACGAGUCAAUGUAUACUUAGAUUACAUCUCAAUUGCCAUGGAUCAACUAUGCUA